AUGACUACCCAACAGGCGAUCCGUCGGACUCCUGGUAUUCCCAGCAAGAUCGCCAACGAUCUUUGUGAAGGCCUCCAGAAAUACGCCCAGCAGGUCAACAACGUUCUUCGUCAGGCGGUAAACGAGGUCGCUGAUAUCAAAAUCGACCUCGAGUACAACGACAAGGUACUCUGUUCCAGCAAGCUGGAGGCCAGCAUUAUCACGGAGGAGCGUGAGCAGCUUAAGCGAGAUAUCGCCGAGUAUCAUCGCAAGUAUGAAGAUCUGGAAGAUCGUCUUGCUCGUUACCACGUCGAGCAAGAGAACCACAAAAACACCGUGCUCGAGUUUCUGGCCCGUCUCGACCCUCGAAAUGGUAACGAUGAGGAGGCCCAUAACCAAACCAUUUCCGAGCUGCUCCAGGUUGGUUUUCGUAGACCUCUUGAACAAUGGGCUGCGCUGACUAUCACGUUGCAGAUUCUGAAAGACUUCAUGAACCGCCCCAGCUCCCGCUGGAUGCACGGUGAGCGCAAUGACGACUCAUCCAAAGCCAUCACUGCCCUUAGCUCGGCCAGCAUUGCUGCUCUUGAGAAGCAGACUCAGCCGGGGCAGGCUCACCAGCAACCCCACGAUGCUCAUGCUUCUCAGAUGUCUGAGUCUCGCGAGGUCAUACCCUUGGCGAACAACGCUUUGCAGCCAUUCAACUACCAGCAGAACGCGGAGAAGCACUCCGCUCUGGUUCAUGUGCCUGCUCAGAAUGGUCCGCCGUCUUCCUACCCGGGAAUGUUCGGCAACGCUCGCCGUCCUGCUGACAACCGCACUAUGUCAUCUGCUGGCUGGACUCGCGCAUCUAGCGGUCCCCGUACUCAGCACAACAUACCCCCUCCGGGUUCCUACUCGCGAUCCGGGGAUACUCGCAAUGGUUUCACUGGUGGAUACGACCAGUUCAAUGGCUUUGAAGCACCUGGCGGUUUUGGUAGCCGGUUUGACAUGAUCCCGUCUCGCCCCGGUACUUCCAUGGGCAACCGCGGCGGCGCUAGCCAGCAUACCUCGUUCCGUCCCAACGCUCCCGAGUUUCAUCCUGGCAUGAAUGGCGGCAUGGAUCAUAGCUUCGACAGUGUGGAUUCCUCGUACAACCUUGGUUACGGCACUGGAUCCACCGCUGGUUCUCGCCGUGACUUCAACGGCGGCAGCGGUCCUUACACCAGUCCGACUCCUCGUUCUGCUACCCGCAGUACAUUCGGUAACUUUGAUGGUCCUUACUGCAGCCGCUAUCGUGGCCCUCCUCAAAUGAUGAUACCACCACCCCAGGACCCUCGUUACAAUACAGGCCCCAAUCAUAUGGGCUACAAUAAGAACGAAUACGUCAUGGCCCAGCAAAACAACCGUACUCGCGCUCCCAGCUCGUCUGGCCACAGCUACCAUACGGCCAACUACCCUCAGCAGGGGGGCUUCAGUCCCGGUCGUUUCGGCCAGGGCGGCAACGGCCCCAGUCGCGCUGUCACCAGCCCCUUCGCCCCCGAUCAUGGCUUCAACGAAGACGAGGGUGGCGAAAAUGAGCGCUAUGCUCGGGCUUUUGAGGGAGUCUGGGGUCUUGCUCGGGGCUAG